CUCAACAGAGAUGACGACAAAGCUGUGUUACUCUGUGUUAGUCAUUUCUAUUUUCUCAUUCUUUUCACCAACACUUUCUUCAUCUGUUGCCUCUAAUGGCUUAGAUUCAUGGUGCAAUAAAACCCCAUAUCCUGAACCUUGCAAAUAUUUCAUGAACCAAAACCCUAACCAUUUUCUUUAUCCAAAGCACAAAUCUGAGUUUCGUAAGUUGGCAACUGAGUUAGCCAUGCAAAGAGCCCUCACUGCUCAGUCCCAUAACAAAUGGCUAGGCUCAAAGUGUCGCAAUGAGAAAGAAAAAGCUGCAUGGGCUGACUGCUUAAAACUCUACGAGAACACCAUUAUCCAACUCAACCAAACCCUUGAUCCCAACACAAAAUGCACUGAUUACGAUGUUCAGACCUGGCUCAGCACUGCUCUAACCAAUCUUGAAACUUGUCGAUCUGGGUUUGUUGAGCUUGGAGUUUCAGAUUUCAUGUUGCCACUCAUGGCCAACAAUGUUUCUAAGCUGAUAUGCAACACUUUGGCUCUAAAUAAUGGCUCAUCGGCGGCUUUACCACAAACAUAUAAAGAUGGUUUUCCUAACUGGGUCACCGCAGGGGAUAGAAAGCUCUUGCAGUCGUCUUCACCGGCUGUGAAUCUUGUGGUGGCUCAAGAUGGUUCUGGGAAUCACCGGACUAUAAAGGAGGCCCUUGAUGAAGCAGCAAAGAGGAGUGGAACCGGGAGGUUUGUAAUACGUAUUAAGAGUGGGAUUUACAGAGAGAAUCUUGAGAUUGGUAACAAAAUGAAGAAUAUUAUGUUGGUCGGAGAUGGAAUGAGAACUACUAUUAUCACCGGUAGCCGGAGCGUUGGAGGAGGUUCUACUACUUUUAACUCUGCAACUGUUGCCGUGACUGGAGAAGGAUUCAUAGCUCGAGGCAUCACAUUCCGUAACACAGCUGGUCCAGAAAACCACCAAGCAGUAGCUCUCCGAUCAGGCUCCGAUCUCUCAGUCUUUUACCGCUGUGGUUUUGAAGGAUAUCAAGACACUUUAUAUGUCCACUCCCAAAGACAAUUCUACAAAGAAUGUUACAUUUAUGGGACAGUAGACUUCAUCUUCGGAAACGCAGCCGUGGUGUUACAAAACUGCAUGAUCUAUGCACGGCGGCCAAUGGACAAGCAAAAGAACGUAGUAACAGCUCAAGGGAGAACUGAUCCAAAUCAAAACACUGGAAUUUCAAUCCAUAAUUCUCGAGUCAUGGCUGCACCAGAUCUUCAACCAGUGCUUAACUCAUUCAAGACUUACUUAGGGAGGCCAUGGAAGGAGUAUUCUCGCACUGUUUUUCUUCAAACUUAUCUUGAUUCUUUGGUGGAUCCUGCGGGGUGGCUGGAGUGGGAUGGUGAUUUUGCUCUGAAUACUUUGUAUUAUGGAGAGUAUAAGAAUAUGGGUCCUGCUGCUUCGACCGGCGGGAGAGUUAAGUGGGGUGGCUAUAGGGUUAUCACCAGUGCGGCUGAAGCAUCCCAGUUCACUGUGGCUAACUUCAUUGCUGGCCGAUCAUGGUUACCGGCCACUGAGGUUCCUUUCACUUCCGGUCUUUGAUAUGUUCAUUUUGUGAAUUAGAAGUAAUUAUGUGUUUGUUAUUUAAUUUUUUUCACAAAAUUAUUAUUAUAAAUAUUUUGCAAUAAAAUUAUAUUUUUUUU